AUGCUUCCUCAAAGAUCGUAUAAUAACAAGUCUCCAAGAUCAUAUCAUAACAGGCCUCAAAGGUCAUAUAAUAAUAGACCUCAGAGACCGUUUAAAUUUCAAAGAUCACCUAAUAACAAGUUCCAAAGAUCGUAUAGUCAAAGAUCAUCUGAAUACAAUACGUAUAGUAAUUCUUCUGGUUUUUAUCGUACUGGUACAAAUUUCAAAGGAAAUCAUUGGAGUCAUCGCGGUCCUUCUAAAGGAAGAGGUGGUAGCUAUCAUCAUUCCAAUUUCAACGGACAUUCUUAUUACCAUCAGAAUCAUAGCGGGUCAACAUAUUAUGAAAAUAAAAAUGGAUACAAGAAAUAUACACCACCUUCUAGAAACCCAAGAACUCAUUAUCGUCGUCAUGUGAAGACAGAUAUUCGAACACAUCAAGAAAGAUGA